AUGGCGAACCUCAUUGAAGGAAGUGACGACAAAGCUGCAUGCAGCGUCCAUACACUACAAGUGGGGAUACCAAAGGGCUCUGAUAGACGAAAACAUCGGCCAAUGUUUGAGGCUUACAUCAGCAUCAGAAGCUGCUGGGUUUCUGCGCUCACUGGGACUGGAAGUCCCUGA